GUGCAUCAAUGAACUACUGCACUAGCCGAAGUCGCGCACUUAGGUCCCAUUCCACCCACGAUGCUCUUGCAGGCCACACUCCUCACCUCGUUCGCGGCUUACGCCACUGCCCAUGCCACAUUCCAGGAGAUGUGGGUGAACGGCGUCGACCAGGGGAACUACUGUGUUCGUCUUCCUGCGAGUAACAAUCCUGUGACCUCAGUCACUACCGAUGAUCUUGCCUGCAAUGUCGGCUCAUCGUCGUCGCCCAACCUUUGUUCUGUUAACCCCGGAGACUCCGUUACUGUGGAGAUGCACCAGCAGCCUGGUGACCGAAGUUGUGCCAAUGAAGCUAUCGGCGGUGACCACUACGGCCCCAUCAAUGUCUACAUGGCACAGGUAACAGAUGCUACAACCGCCGUCGGUUCGAGCGCCUCAUGGUUCAAAAUCAACGAGAUGGGCCUACCAUCCUCCAACCCCGACUAUUGGGCUACUGAGGUUCUCAACGACAACUGCGGUCACUUCACUGUCACGAUCCCCUCAGAUAUCGCUCCAGGUAACUACCUCCUGAGGGCGGAAGUCAUUGCCCUUCACGUCGCGAGUACUGUUGGUGGCGCUCAAUUCUAUAUGUCCUGCUUCCAACUCAACGUUGGUGGCACAGGCACCGUCAGCCCUCCCACGGUCGAGAUUCCUGGUGCUUACGGCUCGGAGGAUCCUGGAAUUUUGAUUAAUAUCUACCAGUCCCUCACCACCUACGACAUCCCAGGACCAACUCCCUACGGAACGACCUCCCCCGCCGUCGCCGCCACCCCUUGGCCAACAACAGCCACAUGGGACACUGCUAGCCAACCUUCCACCGUCCCCACAGCCCCCGUUGGAUCAGCCACCGCCUCUUCCCCUGCGUCCUCCGCCCCAGGUUCAGCUUCUACGCCAGCGGCCACUUCGACUGCCACGGCCCCGGGUAGCAGCUCCGCUCCUCCAUCCCAAACUUCUUCCGCUGCUGGCGCUACGCAGACGAAGUACGGACAAUGUGGAGGGACUGGCUGGACCGGAGCCUCGGAGUGUGUGGCUGGGUCGACUUGUUCGGCUGUGUCGCCACCUUAUUAUUAUCAGUGCGUGUGAAUGGAGAGCAGGGGGACGCGUCGGGUGCAUGAGGAGUGAUAGUGAUGCUCCCUUGUCGCGAGGUCCUGCAUACGUUGUGUGUGUUGCCGUUGUACUUAUGUUUCUUUAGAGUAAGUAAUACAACUAGGCCAAUGAAGACUCAUUCACAUGCCCGCUUUGAAAUUGUGUAUAAGCCGAUUACGAGACCAAGCGUGCGAUGGGUCCUUUGCCACAUCUUACGAGAGGCCUACGGUUUCGAGUCAUUUGCCUUGACACGAGCUCGACAUGUCUGAUCCGAACCCCUCAUGCCGGCGAUCCUAAGACGGAUUUUGGAAGAAAGUGUGUGCCACACGAGUCUACACGUAAUCUUUGGCGUUCUCCGUUUUACGUCUUGUAGCUGGUCGGUUCCGUGAAUGGCGACAAUGGGGCUCAAAGCGACAAUUGUGGCUACCGAUUGUCUCGUAAAAUUUCGGGAAAAAAGCAUGGAUUAUGCAGGGCAAGGGCCUCAAACAGAGACAGACCUUGUCAUGACAAAGGAGGAUUCAAACAUGUAGCUUGAGGCGAAGCGCUGAUGGAGGGUGGCUGACGAUCGGAUAAUGCCACGCGGCGGAGAUUGAAAAAGAUUGGACCAGUCUGGUUUUUCUGCGAUCCACGGUUUGCUCGAACCCCCGUCCAUCGUCCUCCACAUCGUCCUCUCCACCCUACCACCACCACAAAAAACCGCCCCCCUUCGCCACCGCCAUCAUGUCCGACGACGAGCAGCACAACCAGACCUUCGAGCAGGCCAACGCUGGGGCCUCCUUGACGUUCCCCAUGCAAUGCUCUGCUCUUCGUAAGAACGGUCACGUCGUCAUCAAGGGCCGUCCCUGCAAGAUCGUCGACAUGUCCACCUCCAAGACCGGGAAGCACGGUCACGCCAAGGUCCACCUUGUCGCCAUUGACAUCUUCACUGGCAAAAAAUUGGAGGAUAUUUCCCCCUCCACCCACAACAUGGAUGUCCCUAACGUCUCCCGUAACGAAUACCAGCUCGUCAACGUCGACGAUGGCUUCCUCAACUUGAUGACUGCUGAUGGUGCCGCCAAGGACGAUGUGAAGGUCCCUGAGGGUGACCUCGGCAAGCAGAUCGAGACCGACUUCAAUGACGGCAAGGAUUUGUUGGUCACCAUCGUCUCCGCCAUGGGCGAGGAGCAGGCCAUCUCCGUCAAGGAGGCCCCUAAGGGCGCUUAAUUUCUUCGGUUCACUUGUGUCAUCGUAUCAUCUCUGCGUUCCACGUUUUAUUGUCAUCGUCUCGUUUGUGCAUCUACACCCUGUUUCUAUCCUCCCUCUUUCGCCCCCAUCACUUGCCCAUCUACCACUCACACCCUCUCCACCCGCGUCACUUUCUCCUACUCACUAUCGUUGUGUGCAUGUAAACUUUGUUCAAUCAAGAGCCCCUGAACAUAUAUAACUAGCUCCGAGUUUGACAUGUACCGCAUUAGUUUCCGUCCCUCCCGCCGUCGUCGUCGUACCUUUGGUCUCGUUUGGAGUAGCAGUCAUACAUACAGUUUGUUGUCUUGUUGCAGUCAGUAGUUCUCUGAUGGUCAGUGACCGGGUAGUUUUAUACCG